AUGGAGGUGAGUGAAGAGGCAGCCAUAAUCAUUGACAACGUCAAGUUUAGGCCCGUGGUGGGCAAGGCUCGCGCGAAGAAGGGCGGAGAGGAGGCGCUGCGCACGUAUGUGGGCAACGACGUGCUGAACGCCGACAUCGCCCUCAACAACCUGCGCACGCCGUUCGACUCCAGCAUCGUCACUCGACUCGACGUCCAGGAGCAAAUCUUGGACCACAUCUUCACGAACCUACGGAUCGAUAGCGAUCGCAUCACCAACCCCAUCGUCAUGACCGAAGUCCUGUGCAACCCCAGCUACUGCAGACAACAGAUGUCGGAGCUCCUGUUCGAAUGCUACAGGGCGCCGUCGGUGUGCUACGGCGUGGACGCGCUGUUCUCGUACUACUACAACAAGAAGCGCCUGCCGUUGGAGGGGCGCGACGGGUUGAUCAUCGCCAGCGGCAACCUCGCGACGCACCACCUCCUCAUCGCCGACGACAAGCUCAACGGAUCGGCAGUCAAACGAAUUCCUCUUGGCGGCGGGCGAGCGACCGACUUUCUGCAGCAGGUGCUGCAGCUCAAGUACCCCUACGAGAAGACGCUGUUCGCCACCCCUCGAGUAGAGCAAAUGAAAGAGCAGCACUGCUACGUGGCGUUGGACUACCUGGAGGAACUGCGGCUCUUUCACUACGACCGGGACUUCACAAACCGGCAGAUGCGGACCGUUGCGCUGCCCACCAGCGGACCAGCGCCGAUCGAAAAGGUCAUCUCCGAGGAGGAGCAACAAAGGAGAACGCAGGCCAGGAGGGAGCAAGGCCUGCGGCUCAAGGCGAUGGCCGAAAAUCGGAGAAAAGAAAAGAGAAAGAUGCAAGAGGAGGAGCUGAAGGAGCUCAAGGCCACCAAAGCGCUCAAGGAGACCGACCCAAAGAAAUAUGAGAAACGGCUUAAAGUGCUGCGGCUGGACGAGGCCCAGCUGAGCAAGACCAUCACAGAGCUCACCAAGUCACUGCAGCCCAAGGAAAGGAAGAAGCGAGACGACGCCAAGGAGCGCAAAUGGAGAGAAGAGGAAGACGAGCGAUUGAAAGACCCGGAGGGCUGGGCUUCGCAGCUGCGCGACCGCCGUGCAGCGCUGUUGGCCGCGAUCGAGGGCCGGCGGAGGCGCAAGGAGGUGGAGGGCGGCCGACGCGGCACGGCCUCGGCCAAGCGGAUGCGCGCGCUGGCUUCGGCGGCCUUCGACCGAAAGGGCCGAGCGCGAGACGACGACGGUGACGCCUCCUUCGGCGCCAAGGACUCAGACUGGAACGUCUAUCGCACCAUGGCUGGCGACGAGGAAGACGAGGAAGAGGCCAAGGAAAACGAAGAGGUGAAGAAGAUCGAGAAGAUGUUGGAACGGCACGGGGAGUCGAUCAAGGCGCCCUCCGUGACCAUCAAGAAUCCUCUCUUCGACCUGAGCACCUUCUUCAUGGCCACUGAGCGCGUGCGCGUCCCCGAAAUCUUCUUUCAGCCUUCGAUUGUGGGUGUCGACUGUAUGGGCGUGAGCGAGCUGAGUAACUACAUGCUCAAUAGACUCCCCGAGCCACAGCAGAGCUCCGUGGCACAGAACAUUUUCCUUACCGGCGGCAACGUGCUGUUCCCCAACUUCAAGGAGAGGCUCGAACGCGACCUCCUGGCAUCUCGGCCCUACGGCUCCAGCUUUGCCGUCAGCCUGGCCGCGGACCCUUUGUUGGACGCCUGGCGGGGCAUGGCGGCGUGGUCGGCCGCGCCCCAGUUCCAGCAGUCGGUCAUCACGCGCGCGCUCUACGACGAGCACGGCCCGCAGUACUUGGCCCAGCACAUGGCCUCCAACUUUUACUUCGUGCCCUCCUCUGAAGCUGCUACCGCCGACGAGUGA